AUGGAGGCCAGGCUCCUCGACAGCUUGCACCAACGGCUCCGCCAGCACGAACUCACCAUCCAGGCCACCCGUCGCGAGCUUCUGGCCGACUUCCAGCAAUACUGCGACCGUCUGCUGCAUGACGUGCCCCUCCACCACGCCGCCAGCGUCCGCUCCGCCAUCGCAGCCUCCUUCCUCUCCAGCUAUCCCACGCUCCGUCCCGAGCUCCUCCCGCCGCCCAUUGACUCACAUCCGUCCGGGGUCCCCAGACCGACUGCAUUCCAACAACCACCCUCGCCGCCUCCCGCAUCCCCCUCCGCAUCCGCCGAAGCCCCGGCCCGUAGCCCUCGUGAGCGCGAGCGCGAACUCCAGGGCCUCUUCACCCCGACCUAUUUGCCUCUGCUCGACGACUUCCCGACCCUGCCCAGGCCGGCCGACCCCCCUGCGCCAGCCCCCCCGCCAGGCAGCUCCCGCUCGACGCCGCUGCCUGGCAUGGAGCUCCAAGACACCGUCGGCGAACCCGUCGCUGCCGCCGCCGACGACAAGCCGGGCGAGCAGCGUCUCGAAUACGCCGCCUUGCCGGACCACCCGGUGACCCCUGCGCACCUCUUCAACGUGUCCACGUGGUCCAACUCUCGGGCGGCUGACGACACACGCUCUUCCAUCUCCUCCGACAAGAGCGACUCAAAGCCCACCAAGAGCGCCCUGCGCCGCUCCUCCAGUAUCUCCAAACCGCCGCAGAGCCCGCGACGGGUCAGGUUUGAAUUCAUGGGUGCCGAGGUCCUCCCAACGACCUCGCCUCAACCAUCCGAGUUCAUCGCCCCGCGUCCGCCUUCGCCCCAGUCUGACGACGAUGUCGGAUUCAGCUCCAACCUGGGCGCCCAAAUCGGAGAGGAAGAGGACGAGGAUGCAUAUACAGCCCCGCCCCGCAAGGUCUCUUCGUCCGACGCCUUGCGCGCAUUGUCACGUGCACCCUUAGACGAAGGAACGGUAUGGACGGUCGUGAAUCCGGACGACGACGAGGCUGCGUCGGGGAUACCGCCCCCUGUGCCUAUCGCACCCGUUGAGAAUUUGGAUCCCGAGGCAAAUCAACACCUACCCCCCACAGCCUUGUCCGACGCAAAAGAUACGACAAAGAGGGAGGAGCAUGUCUCGAAAAAUGGGUCCGAUGAGACGCCAGACAUGGCCGACAGUGACGGUGAUGAUUCAUCCGACGACGAUUUCUUGGCCAUGGCAAAGACACGGAAGAGCAAGCCGCUGCAGACCGCGGCACCGACCUCACCACCCGCAUUAACCAAAUCAAAUUCAACGAGUCACGUAGGCCGACAAGCGCCAUCAAAGCCCGACGCGACGGCCGUAGCAGCGUCCGACGACGAAGAUGACGGCGCCGAAGGAGAUGAUGACAUGUUCUUUUUCGAGGCUGGAGGACUAAGCGCUCCACCUAGACCGCGACCGCGACCGCCGCUGCCGGAUCUGGAGCAGGACGACGAACAUGAAGCGACAGAAGCAUCCAAGACCCAGAAUCAGGACGGGUCAGACCCGCACCAGGCUGAUGCCGAUGACUCAAAAACGAGUCUCUUCGCGACCUCUCCCGCGGUCCCGAUUCGACACGCUUCACGGGCAUCCGCCACUGUUCGGUUCCAACCUGGGUCGCUUGGGUCAUACAAAGGGCGGCCUUUGAUGAUGCCGAUUGUGCGCGAUCCCGAAAUACUCGCCCAGGCCAACUCUGUCAAGGGGUCGAGUCUCAGGGUGGACGGGAUCGACGACGAGGUUGCCAUGGCUGAAGGGUCACCGCCGCCGUUCCCCAGCACGCCACUUAGCUUCAGAGGACGAUACAUAAUGGAGGAGAUGAUGGAGAGCCAAAGGAAAGAGAAAGCCGAUAAAGAGGCAAACAAGACGGAAGGGAAUGCGUAA